AUGGUCCCAAUGGAUUUUACUUCAAAUACAAUCGGUUUAAAAAGUCAUUAUAACCAACAACAACAACAACAUUUGAUUAAUACUAUAAUCUCCACACUUUCCGCACCAGAAAAAUAUACGAAUGUCUCAAGAGAUCAUUCAAAUGACUCGAAUUCAGCAGUUGAAGUUCAAGCAUAUGCUAAGCUAUCCGGUAAUAAAUGGACGUAUUAUAUUAAAGAUUUAGAAAUAUCCAUCGGCAGAGACACUGCAGAUGAGAAUAAAAACAUCACUUCAAAAGUACAUGUGGAUUUGGGUCCCGCUAAGGUGGUCUCGAGACACCAUGCCCAGAUUAAAUUCAAUAUGCAAAAUGGUGGAUGGGAAUUACAUUUAUAUGGAAGAAAUGGUGCUAAAGUCAAUUUCAAAAGAGUAUCACCAAAGCAUUCUCCAAUUGCUAUAAGUUCUGGUUCGAUCAUUGAUAUUGGUGGAACUCAAAUGAUGUUCAUUUUACCAGAUCAAGAACCACUGGUUAUUCAAACAUAUUUACAUUACUUGAUACCUAAACUUUCAUCACAUUAUGAUGUUUCCGGUAAAGAAGAUUCUAAAUUAUUAAAUGAUCUGAUUAAAAAUUCCGAUUAUUAUAAAAACAAUAUAAACAAUAUUCAAGAAUAUAUUAAAAAAAUUAUUCCAAAUUCACAUGCUCUGACCAAUUCUCACGGAAAUAUCCGUAGUGAUAACUCUCAAGGUUUGGAUAGUAAUCAGGAAAACAACGCAAAGUCAUUAGAUUUUUCAUCGAGUUUAGCGCUUGAUGAAAACAAACAUAUCAAACCACCACAUUCAUAUGCUACCAUGAUAACACAAGCUAUAUUAUCGACAGAAGAGGGAAUUAUUUCUUUAUCCGAUAUUUAUAGAUUCAUUUCUUCGAAUUAUUCAUAUUACAGAUUUGCUAAAACGGGAUGGCAAAACUCUAUUAGACAUAAUCUAUCUUUGAAUAAAGCAUUUGAUAAAGUUCCAAGAAAGCCAAACGAACCAGGAAAAGGUAUGAAAUGGAGAAUUAGUGAGGACUACCGUAAUGAAUUUUUGAAUAAAUGGAAUACUGGAAAGAUAUCCAAGAUAAGACGCGGAUCAUCAGUUGCUAGACAACUACAAUUACAUAUGUCCAAAUACAGUACAUUGCCUGCUCAAAAAGGAAGUUCUCCUCAAAUUAAUGAAUCUACAUCACUACAGCCAGCUUCAAGAACACUUCUACCAAUGACAAACUCUAAUAACCAACCAAAUGGCCUUUCAUUAGGACAAAGAACCAACUUACUGACACCGGAAUAUUUAAAGAAUACCCCAAUGCCAAUGAAACAACAGCAACAUCCUAUUACGAAAGGCGGUACUCACAAUCCUACCAAUAGUGCUUUAGUUUCUUUUACUGCAUCUUCAAAUUUGGUUCCUCCAGCAAAUCACGCAUCAAACCAUUCAUCUAUAAAUAUCCCAACCACCAAUUUAAUGGAUUUCAAUUCUGCAUAUCUAAGACCAAACGCUUUGCCAUCAAUUUCUACGAAACCAUUACCUUCCACCAUAGCGACAUUACUACCCACCAAUGCCAAUGCUUUUCAGUCACAAAACAUAUAUUCUAAAAAAGCAGGAAGCAUAUCACCAACAAACAACCCAUUAAUGAAUUCUCCAUCAAAGAGUUUCCAUAUAACAGCCAUUGAAGCAUAUACACCUGAGAGAGGCUCUACUGUGACAACUAGCAAAUCUCCAGCACGUAAUAAUAAUCACUUAGAAACUGUGAACGUGUUAGAUGAUAGAAAGUUAUAUAUAGGAAGUGAUAAAAACUUAUUAGUUCCACCAGCUAAUUUCAAUUCACAGUCUAUUGAUAAAAACCCAAAUGAGAACGAUGCAUCGAAAUCAUGGGGCUUAAACCAAUAUAAUCCAAUUCAUAAUAGAAUCACUCCAAAUGGAAUAACAGCCCAAUCCAAUAAUAGCACUGUACCAGCCAUAGAUAUUAACUCAUUGACUAACAAUUGA